UAAGGAAGGAGAUUGGAGGACAAGCAAAACCAAAUCCUUUAGAUCAAAUCACACCAAAAUUUUCUCUCUCAUUACCACUUAUAUUCUCCUUUCUUCUUGUUCUUAGCAAAAAAAAGAUUGAAAAAAAUUAAGCUAAAAAAAGAAAAAAAUCUAAUUUAAUCAUCAAAAUCAAAACUUUUUAAAAGGGUUGAAUCAAUCUGUUAUUGUUAUCAUAGUGUGUACAAAAUCUUGAAGAAAAAAAAUAAAAUCUUGAAAAAAGAACAGUGGGAACAGAAAAGUAAAGAGGGCUAAUAUAGAGGAGGAAGAACAUCGCCCUCGGUUCUAGUUACUGUGCCUCCUCUGUAGAUCUUGAUUUGGGUGAUUUCUCAUAUGGGUAUUGUUGAAAAUAUAGAUUCUUGAUUUGGGUAUUUGUUAAUUUAUUUUUUUAUGAAAAAAGUUUUGAUGAAAUCAUUUUUCAUUGUUGGAUUGUUUUGAUCCGUUUAGUUUGAUUGAAUCUGAUAAUUAUUGGAUCAGUUACAGAUUGUUGUGUGUCUCUGAAGCUCUUCAUUGUACGUCACAGUAAAAAGGAAAAUGCAAGUUGAUCUUGGUAAGUUAUUCGUUGGUGGGAUUUCAUGGGACACAGACGAUGAGCGUCUAAAGGAGUAUUUUAGUACUUAUGGGGAGGUUGUAGAAGCUGUAAUUAUGAAGGAUAGGACUACUGGCCGUGCUCGUGGUUUCGGUUUUGUGGUCUUUGCUGAUCCUGCUGCUGCUGAGAGGGUAGUUAAGGAGAAACACAACAUUGAUGGCAGGAUGGUAGAAGCAAAGAGGGCAGUUCCACGGGAUGACCAGAGCACGACAAGUAGAAGCAGUCCUAGUAUUCAUGGUUCUCCUAGUCCUGGUCCAGGACGUACAAGAAAGAUUUUUGUUGGUGGUUUAGCAUCCACUGUCACUGAGACUGCCUUUAAGCAGUAUUUUGAGCAAUUUGGAACAAUCACAGAUGCAGUAGUUAUGUAUGAUCAUAACACUCAAAGGCCUAGAGGAUUUGGAUUCAUCACUUAUGAUUCAGAGGAUGCAGUGGAUAAAGUCUUGCUCAAGUCUUACCAUGAGCUGAAUGAUAAAAUGGUUGAGGUCAAGCGUGCUGUCCCCAAAGAGUUAUCCCCAGGUCCUAGCCAAAGCCCACUUGGUCGGUACAGCUAUGGAUUAAAUAGGAUGAAUAAUUUCCUUGAUGGGUAUGCACAGGGAUACUCUCCAAAUACAGCUGGAGGAUAUGGAGUCGGUAUGGAUGGUAGAUUUAGCCCCAUCACUGGGGGUAGGAGUGUCUUUACUCCAUUUGGUUCUGGUUAUGGUAUGGGUCUUAACUUUGAACCAGCCCUGAGCCCUGGAUAUGGGGGUAGUGCAAAUGUUAACAGUAGUUUAAGCUAUGGUCGGGGACUGAAUCCAUGUUAUAGCUCAAGCAGACUUGGUGGUGGCAUUGGGUUUGACGGAGGAAGUGGAGGAGGAAACACUUCUUUCUUGAACUCAGCAAAUCGCAAUUUAUGGGGUGAUGGAGGACUGCACCAUGGGACGAACUCGACAAGCUCUAGCAAUUUUUUAGUAUCUGGAAGUGGAAACAUUGGAGGAGGAAACUUUAGCAACAGUGGAGUUUGGGGUUCAUCAAUUUCCUCUCAAGGCGGAGGAAAUGUUUCUAGCAAAAAUGGAAAUCUUGGAUAUGUGAAUGGUGACGGCAUAUAUGGGUUGGCAGGAAGCCAUGGCAGAAACGUCACAAAACGUGGAGCCGCUAUGUCAUCAGGAUCCAGGGGUAGUUAUGAUGGGGGCGCUUUUGCUGAUUUCUAUGGUAGUGGUUUGGGAUAUGAUGAUCACACUUGGCGUCCUUCAAAUUCUGAGCAGGAUACAACCGGUUCUCUUGGUUAUGGACUAGGCAAUGUACCUUCUGACAUGUCACCUCAAAAUUCUUCAGGUUAUGUUGGUAGUUAUGGAGUUGGCAACAGACAACCAAACAGAGGAAUGGACGGCUAGGAGAAUGUCUCGAACCAAGGCUGUUAUAGUAGGCGAGAUUUUUUUCCGUCUAAGUUGAAUCAUGAAUUUUGAAUAUUUCCACAAAUUAUAUAAAGCUUGAGAAGUUAUAAAAGAGUUGGACUUCCUUUUGUAUGGCACUUGGAAUGCCUGCCUUUUGAAGGUCUAGAGAUAGAACUUUGCAAGACACUUUGUUUUAAAAGGAUAUUUUUUUGAGUUAUGUUUUAGAAAUUUCCUCUUUUUUUCCCCUUCAAGUGAGGUGUAAAAUCAAAUUGCAGCUGCAGCAAUACAUACAAAGGAAAUAGACAGUUUUUUUUUGCACAAAAUUUUUAUAUUCCAUGUUUUUGCUGUAAAUGCGUUGAAUGUUAUGUAAUGCUUUCUCUAUUA